GCUGCUUUGUCGGCUAGGAGGAAGACCAGCUAGCCUUUUGCAGUGAGACUUUCAAAUGCUCCGAAGGGAAGCAAAGAGACCAAAGAAAGGAGGAGAGAAGGAUAGAGAGAGGGGGAGCUCUGAAAGAGAGAGGGAGAGGAGUGGAUCGCAGAGUGGACUGACCAUGCAUCCAAGGCCUAUAGGCAGAAACCCUCAUGAACUGUACUUUCUGAGAAUGCAGAGGACGAGAGAGAAGACUGACAAGAUGGAGGAGAACAAAGCCAUGAGGAAGCUGCGGGUGUGCGUGGCAACGUGUAACCGGGCAGACUACUCCAAGCUGGCACCCAUCAUGUUUGGCAUCAAGGCCAACCCGGAUGAGUUUGAGCUGGAGGUGGUGGUGCUGGGUUCCCAUCUCAUUGACGAUUAUGGCAACACGUUCCGGAUGAUCGAGCAGGAUAACUUUGACAUCGGCUCCAAGCUGCACACCAUCGUGCGUGGGGAGGACGAGGCCGCCAUGGUGGAGUCAGUGGGUCUGGCGCUGGUCAAGCUGCCAGAUGUCCUCCACCGUCUCCGUCCCGACGUUCUGGUCGUCCACGGCGACCGCUUCGACGCCCUCGCCCUGGCAACUGCUGCCGCUCUGAUGAACAUUCGCAUCCUGCACCUGGAGGGAGGAGAGGUGAGUGGCACCAUCGACGACUCGAUCCGUCACUCCAUCUCCAAGCUGGCCCACUACCACGCCUGCUGCACCCGCACCGCCGAACAGCACCUCAUCGCCAUGUGUGAGGACCACACUCGCAUCCUGUUGGCGGGCUGCCCCUCCUACGACAAGCUGCUGGCCGCCCAUCACCGCGACGACUACAUGGACAUCAUCAGGAACUGGCUCGGAGACAAUGUGAAGGAGCACGACUACAUCGUGGCCCUGCAGCACCCGGUCACCACUGACAUCAAGAACUCCAUCAAGAUCUACGAGCUGAUGUUGGACGCCCUCAUCUCCUUCAACAAGCGAACGCUCGUCCUCUUCCCCAACAUAGACGCAGGAAGUAAGGAGAUGGUGCGUGUGAUGAGGAAGAAGGGCGUGGAGCAGCACCCUAACUUCCGGGCGGUGAAGCACGUGCCCUUCGAGCAGUUCAUCCAGCUGGUGUGUCACGCUGGGGCCAUGAUCGGCAACAGCAGCUGUGGCGUCAGAGAGGCCGGGGCAUUCGGGACCCCCGUCAUCAACCUGGGGUCCAGGCAGACUGGGAGAGAGACUGGUGAAAACGUCCUCCAUGUCCGAGACGCAGACACUCAGAAUAAGAUCUACCAUGCCCUGGAGCUGCAGUUCGGGAAGAGAUACCCCUGCUCAAAGAUCUACGGCGACGGGAAUGCGGUGCCUCGCAUCAUGAAGUUCCUGCAGGCCAUCAACCUUGAUGAGCCGCUGCAAAAGACCUUCUGCUUCCCCCCCAUCAGGGAGUGGGACAUCUCCCAGGACAUCGACCACAUCCUGGAGACUCAGAGCGCCCUAGCCAUCGACCUGGGGGGGACCAACCUCCGCGUGGCCAUCGUCAGCAUGAGGGGUAAGAUAGUGAAGAAGUACUCUCAUGCGAACCCCAAAACCUACGAGGCUAGGAUCGAGCUGAUACUGAAGAUGUGUGCGGAGGCCGUCUUUGACGCUGUUCAUCUCAACUGCCGGAUUCUGGGAGUGGGUGUGUCGACUGGGGGCAGGGUGAACCCACAGGAGGGUGUGAUCCUCCACUCCACCAAGCUGAUCCAGGAGUGGAGCUCCAUCGACAUCCGCACCCCCAUCUCUGACGCCCUCCACCUGCCCGUCUGGGUCGACAACGACGGCAACUGUGCCGCCCUGGCAGAGAAGAAGUUUGGCCACGGCAAAGGAGUGGAGAACUUUGUCACCAUCAUCACUGGAACAGGCAUCGGCGGGGGCAUCAUCCAGCACAACGAGCUGAUCCACGGCAGUACGUUCUGCGCGGCCGAGCUGGGCCACAUCAUGGUGUCUCUGGAUGGGCCGGAGUGUAUGUGUGGCAGCCGUGGCUGCAUCGAGGCCUACGCAUCAGGCAUGGCCCUGCAGAAAGAAGCCAAGAGGCUCCAUGACGAGGAACUGCUGGAGGUGGAGGGGAUGGUGGAUCUGAAGAAGGCAGAGUUCGUCAGCGCCAUCCACCUCAUCAACGCAGCCCGCCUGGGCAACAGCAAGGCUGGAGCCGUUCUCAGAACAGCCAGCAUGGCCCUCGGAGUGGGCAUCGUCAACAUCCUCCACGUGGUCAACCCCUCUCUGGUCAUCCUGUCGGGAGUGCUGGCCGCCCACUACCAGGCACCUGUCCAGCAGGUCAUAGGUCAGAGAGCCCUCACCUCCGCCCAGCGCAUCCAGGUCCUGACAUCUGACCUCGAAGAACCCGCCCUACUAGGGGCCGCUAGCAUGGUGCUGGACUACACAACCAGGCGCAUCUAUUAAGAACAUUACAGUAAUGGACUACACAACGGGUGCAUCUAUUAAGAACAUUACAGUAAUGGACUACACAACAGGCACAUCUAUUAAGAACAUUACAGUAAUGGACUACACAAGGGCGCAUCUAUUAAGAACCAUUGGUCAGUUGUCAAGCUCUAGUUUUCAUUUGUGGUCCCCAAAGGAGGAGGGACAUAUUUUGCAAUUCCCUGGUGUAGAAAGAUUUGCUAUUAGCAAAUAGAAAUGGCUAAGAUAGAAGGUAGCAUCUACAGAUAGAUCUGCUCAAUAGGGCCUACAUCUAUGCUGCUGUCCCAAAUGAGACAAUCUGACAUGCACAUGCUCUUCCAGCUAUUGACUCCUUCGAUUGGACGAACCGUUGACGGUCAUUUAUUUCAGUUAGGAAAAUACCCAACUUUUCAUCGUCUAAGGUGUCUUCAGUGAUAGUCUAAUUUUCAAUGUCAACAUAAUACAAUUUCUGCAGGGGAUACAGUACUUAAAUGGUAGUACUGUAAACAACAGUGCUGAAAUAGUAGUACUAUAAACUACCUUACUGAAUUAGUAGUGUGUGUGGAUACAUAUAUAACAGUCUAUACAGUAAUAUGAGUACAGCCACAGUAUGAGUAAAUGGUUGGGUGUGUCCAGACAAAAGAUGUGACCAAAUUCAUAUUCAUUUAUGCUUUACUGGCCAUAUUUUGACCCUCAUAAUUCCAUGUUUUUGUUACGUCUUAAUUCUAAACGUACAAUAUGUUAUUGUUGAAGCCACGCUAUGAAAGCAGCAUGUUGCUAUGACAUAUUUAACUGUAUGUAUUUGUCAUACCGAGCUGUAAGCACUUUGCGCCACUUUAUCUUAUUUUGUCUCCAUUUUGGAAUCUGCAAACGUUACUGCUGGUUUGGAAAACCAAAUGCCCCCAGGAGAUGUUUUAGGUUCUGCCACGUUAAAUGUUUCAUUUCAAUCAAUCAAUCAAAUGAUUCAUUACCAUUCAAUCAUUUAAGUUGAGCAUAUGGAACUGGAACCAGUUCUGCAACCAGGUGACUUACCCAAGGACCACUCUCUCUCUAGGACCACUCUCUCUCUAGGACCACUCUCUCUCUAGGACCACUCUCUCUCUAGGACCACUCUCUCUCUAGGACCACUCUCUCUCUAGGACCACUCUCUCUCUAGGACCACUCUCUCUCUAGGACCACUCUCUCUCUAGGACCACUCUCUCUCUAGGACCACAGUUACGACGUACCCUCAAAUGUAAUGCCUAUGCUAUGUAUGUCAUAGUUGUCUUGACUGUGUGCUUCAAUUGAAGGUGUGCUGCCAAAUCACUUGUAUUCACUAGCAUUCUUUGUUUUGUUUUAUGUGCACUCUUUUGUUGUUGCCUUGAUCUGUCAUAUUUGAAGAGUUUACUGUGUACAAGUCAGUCAUGUGAUUAUCCUGUUUGUGUAUUUCUGUUUUUGAUCAUGUCAUGGAUCCUGAAGCUUUUUUAUUUGACUUCACUUGGGUACUUUGUGACCCCCCCCCCCCCAAUGCAAUGGGUAUUCUACACAUUAAACACACGCAAGAACAUGUCCGUUACGGAUGGGUGGAUGGGUUAAUAUGGUUCAUUAGAUGCUAUUCAUGGUUUUAGGUGUGGCAGAACAAGGCUACAUCGUAAACACACCACAGGGCUUGGCGGAGUGCCAGUCUGUUUGUGCUAUCGUAGGGUUUAACUUUAAUGUCCCUGAGGGAAAAUUGGCUUAAAUCCAGUACUGCUGUAUACAAAUAAACACUGAAUAUGAAAUAUUUUAACAUAAUACAACGCACUUUCCCAUGUCAUACACACCUUGUCACUCAUUGUCAUCACAAUCAGUGACGUUUUAGUGUAUUAUCGGCCACUAAUCCCUGGAAUCGAAUCCACUAUCCUGGUGAUACAAGCUCCAGGUUUUACCAUCCAACUGAGCUGCAGAGAAACUCGGGGCAUAGUGAUUACAAUCAGGUGGUGGUGCGAUUGAGACGCCGCAAACCAGAAUGGCUGAUUUCUUCCCAUGCCCUUCGUCUCCAGUUGGCAAGCAUGAUCCGCCUCCAGCUGUUUGGUCACAGUAGUAGUGUGAUUUUAUAGAAUCGCAUCCGGUUCACUAAACAGUUGCACACUUUUACUGUACAGAAAUGGCCAGGUAUCUACUUGGUAAAGGAGAGAAAAAACGUAUUUACAAUACAUAAGUAUGGUUUCAAAUGUGACAAUACAAAGUAGUCCUGUGGCAAUACCCCUGUUCUUUUGUCUGUUUUGACCAUGUAGACGGACACUAGAAUCUAUACUGUACAAAAAUAUGAACGCAACAUGUAAAGUGUUGGUCCCAUGAAACAUGAGCUGAAAUAAAAGAUCCCAGAUAUUUUCCAUAUGUACAAAAUGUUUAUUUCUCAAGUUUUGUGCACAAA